CUCUCUCUCUCCCUGACUCUCUCCCUCACUCUCUAUCACCGCCUUUCAGAUCUUUAAAAGCUGGUGCUCUGCUGUGUCUCUCUCGAUCUCCAUUUGUCUCCUCUGGCACUGCAGGGGACUCAACCGGCAAAGCACCAAGGAAAGCCACUGUAUAGAAACGGGAAGAAGACUGAAGAAAGGAGAGAGAGAGAGAGAGAGAGAGAGAGAGAGAGGGAGAGAUAUACAUCCAGAAAUAGCAUCAGCCAAAUUUAACUGAGAGACAGUGACAGAGUGGAGAACCUUAGACCUGGACAGAAAAUGCCUAUCCUUUCUAACUUAACAACCGUUGUUUUGUUGCUGAUCGCUCACUGCGGAUCAUGGGCCGGGGCAAACCGCUUUGGCCCCUUCAAGGUCUGUCCCUCCUGCAGGGAUCCACUGGGGGCAGGUCGGCCUCCCAGGAACCAUAAUGUUGCCGGCAGCACGUCAGUCUUGGCCCAGGGAGAGCCCUGUGGUGUGUACACCCUGAGCUGUGCCAAGGGGCUCCGCUGUGUUCCACCACCAAGAGAGCACAGCCCCCUCCAGGCUCUGUUGCAGGGAAGGGGCAUUUGCGCCAAGCACAGCAGAACAAGUCCCACAGAGAGGCCCCACCCCACAGGACCCCAUCCUUCACACAGUGGUGACAUUGAAAAAGCACCCUGCCGCAAGCUUCUCAAUAGUGUCCUGAGGGGUCUCGAGCUGACAAUCUUCCAGUCUGACCGUGACAUCUAUAUACCCAACUGUGACACUCGUGGCUUCUACAGGAAAAAGCAGUGCCGCUCCUCCAAGGGCAUGCAGCGUGGCCACUGCUGGUGUGUGGAUGAACUCGGCACGCCCGUGCCCUCACGUGCCAGCGAAGAUGGCACUUUACCAUGCGAUGGGGAGUGAGGGAUGAGUCUGUUCUAUUGCUCGGAGCCUGGAGGAAGAGGAGGAGGUGGAGGAGGAGGAGGAGGAGGAGGAGGUGAUGGUGGAGGAGCAGGAGCACAGGGAGAGGGGGUGGCUUAAGCAUAUGCUAGACACUGCCUGCACAGAAGGUAGCAGGGAUAAACCACUUCCUAUGGAAAAUACACACAAGUUGAUGUUCAUGUCCUCCCUAGAAGAAAGACACACACACACACGCACACACACACACACACAGUCCAGCAGCAGCCACAAUAACAUCUGCCUGAAUGUUCAACAGUUGCAGCAGCGUUCUCUGCGUCGUCUGGUGACAUGCUGCAUGCUCACAUUAACGCUCCGUGAACUGCCUCAGUGAUCCAAGCGGUGUUACUCCGAAUGAUCUCUAUAUUCCCCCGGCUAUUGUCCUGGCUUUCUGGUAGAUUUUUGUUUGACUUUUGACUUUAGGAUAGCUGACACUGCCUGUGUUUGUUCUGAUCUCAGUGGGCUGAAAUACUGUUACGCAGGUGAUGUGACACAAAAGGUUUAAAACAAUGUGUCUCCCUCACCGUCCUCUCUCCCUCUCUCCAAAGAUACACUGAUAUCAACAUACCUAAUUGACAAAACAUUUCUUUUCUAUUAAUUUAUUUUUGAGUAACAUGUUUCCAUCAAGUACUGCUUGAAUCUUACAGUAUCUUAUAUAUAUGUCAAGUCAGAAAAAAAAUUAGUCAUACAAAUAUUGUCCUGAAUGCUUCUUUGUUUUAUUUGUCAAAAUGGCAUUCUGACCGCUUAUUAGUUGAUUGUUUGUAAAUAUGUUGGAAUUCUGUGGUCGACUGUGUGUUCUCAAGUGGCAGACAAAAAGCUUACGGCUGUUACACUUUUCAAAAAGUUGUAAGGCAUAUUUUUAUACACGUCAAUAUAAUAUUUUCUAUAUGAAUUGUUGGUUUAUUUAAUGAACUACAGUACAAUGCCAUGUAUUUUUAUAUUGUCAGCAGUUUCUUAUUUAAAGAUAGAGAUUAUUUUAUUUCAUUUUAGGGGAAGUGUUGUGCUUCAAAGGCACCUUAAUGGCAAAACUCAUCACAUUCAUCAGAGCUCUAUUCGACUGCUGCACAUCUUAUGGUUAUAUCUCAUCGUUUGAUUUCCUUUUUAUUUAUGCUUUGUUUAUUUGAGAAUUCAUAAUGUCCAUGUUACUAUUAUGUUUUAUUUUUGGCCCAUUAUACAACAAAUUCUGAUUUCAGUAGAGGAAAAAAAUGAUCUAAUUUGUUAUUGUUACGUCUUUCCCUAGUCCUUGCAAAAGUUAUGAAAUUGUGUGCUAUUAAAGUGUGAUUAGAAUUUAUCUAUUUCUGAACAAUCUUGUUGUGCCGAUGUAUGUGUGCCGUGAUAAUGGGUCGAUGCACAAAGGACCUGUAAGAUUUGCAAGUAUGAAAAUGAAACAUAAUGAUAAUAAAAAUGGAGAAGAAAUAAACAUAUAUUAAUAUAACGA